GACCCGGGAAAUUGCCACCCUUACUCCCUCUGUUCCACCACAAAACCGCGCCUCCGGCGGCCCUGCCUCGGCUCCGCCUGUUCCUCCUCCACGGCUCCACGCCCUAACCCUAAGCAACCCCGUCGCCGGCGAUGAGAAGCCUACGAGCGAUGUCCUCCCUCCUCCACAUCUACUCCUCGUCCACCGCCGCGGGCCGAGGCGCCAGGCGGCUGGGGUUCGUGCCGGCGCUCGGCGGGAGCUUCCGGGUCACGUCGAAUUCGAGGCCGCCCGCGUUCGUGCUCUACGAGGUCGCGAGAGCGGCGGUUGGUGCGUGGAGGAGGGCGUCCACGCGCGCGGCGAGCUGGGAUUCGGAGAAGUCGCCGUACGAGACACUUGAGUUGGGUAGUGAUGCAGACGAGGAGAUCAUAAAGACAGCAUACAGAAGAUUAGCCAAGUUCUAUCACCCAGAUGUUUAUGAUGGUAAGGGAACCCUUGAGGAAGGGGAAACUGCUGAAGCCCGUUUCAUCAAAAUCCAAGCAGCAUAUGAGCUGUUGAUUGAUGAUGAAAGAAGAAGGGCGUAUGAUAGAGAGCAUCAUGUGAACCCAAUGAAGGCUUCUCAGGCAUGGAUGGAGUGGGUAAUGAAAAAGCGGAAAGCCUUUGAUAAACGUGGCGACAUGGCUGUGGCUGCUUGGACUGAGCAACAACAUCGUGAAAUGACGCUGCGCGCACGGCGUCUCUCACGGUCAAAGGUUGAUCCUGAGGAGGAAAGGAAGCUGUUCGCCAAAGAAAAGAAGGCAUCUAUGGAAUUCUACAGCACAACUCUGAAGAGGCAUACCCUUGUCUUACGGAAGAGGGAUAUUAUGCGCAAGAAAGCAGAGGAAGACAAGAAUAAGGAGAUCGGUAGACUUCUAGCGGCGGAGGGGCUUGAGCUAGAUACAGACGAAGAUGAGGACAAAACAUUCUUUAAGCGACAAGAAUUGAGCUCAUGGGAAACCUGGAGGAGACAUACAUAGACAAAUGCUGGACCAGAAUAGAAUCCUCUCGGUGCAAAAUGUAGUAUUCUCCCGGGACCAGAAAGAAAAGGAAAAGGAAGUAAAAUCCAUCAGCUCUAGGCUGUAGUGUUGUAGUAUGAUUCAAGCAAACUUUUAUGUACAUCAUCCCACAAUAUAAACAGCAAAAGAUGGACAAGCUUAGCAGAGGAUGCAUCAUGUACGUCUCAGCUAUGUAUUUUACCGUUUGUUAACAAAAAAUAACUAUUAGCUGCUUGUGCCCCUACUGCUGUGUAAAUACCACUAAAAAUACAGAUUUGUGUUUACUGAAAAGAAGAUUACAGUUUUUAUC